AUGGACAUACAAACUGGAAUUGGAGUUGAGGUUGAAGAUAAUGAAAGUUUUCUGCAAGACCUUAGUGAGAAAGAAAAUAGUGAUGCAGAACUUAAGAAGCAUAUAAAUUUGCCAUUUAUCGAUGGAAGCACUGUGGAAACAGAUCAUGGAUUAUUGGUUUCAGACAUCAAAGAGACCCAGGACUUGGGAAAUGAAAAAGAGACCCAGUUCCCACCUAAGAAAGGCUUUGAAGAAUGGUUUGACACCCACAGUUUAACAUUCCAGAAGCUUACAUUGAUGGAUCUGAUCAGCCAGGGCACUGCUGUUCUGAACAAGAACAAUAGUGUCAUGCAAAAAAUACACUUUCCUAUCAAGGCUGUCAGUCACUUUGAAUCAAGACUUUCUGAAGCUAUUAAAACAUAUGAGCAAAGAAUUCAGUGGCUCAUGGAAGGCAGCAAGAAGGUGUUUGGCUUCCUAAAAGGGACUAAAGUUGGAGUCCUGGUGGAUGUUUCAAAUGUUAGUUGUAACUUUCAGAUGCAGGAAUUCCAACGUGACUUAUUGAAUCUAAUAGAUGACCAGCUGAGCAAAAAAGAACACUUGUACCUUGUCUCUUUCGGCACCCAGCCCUCAGCUCUCUGGCCAAAUCCAGUGAAGGUCAAUAAGUCCACCCUCCAGGAAGCCAAGGAGUGGGUACAGAUGCUACAGCCCCGUGGAGGUAGCAAUUUGCUCCAAAGCCUGAGAAAAGUCUUCAUGAAGAGGGAGCUGGAUUCCUUGGUAGUCAUCAUAGGAAGCUGCCCAGAUCAAUCACCAGAAAUUCUAUCAGACUACAUUCUGCAGUGCACCCUGGGAAGGAAUCUGGACCUACACACUAUCACUUAUAAAUGCAGUAACUACAUGCCCCUGGCUGUUGUCAGGAACUUUGCAGAAAGUAUUAAAGGCCAUUACCACAGCUACAAACCAUCUCCAGAGGAUCAGAAUUCUGCCAAUAGUGAUAUAGUCAAGAUCCUUAAAGAGAUUCAGCAGGCUAAUAAUAUUCUUGGCACCAUCAAAGAGAUGUACCAGAGCAGGACUUGUGAAGCAUUCACCAGCAUGGCACGGGAAAUCUCUGCCGAGUUUACAAAAUUGCCCAUAUCCAGCUUCUUACCCAAGCCUCCAAAGCAUGAGGGCCCCCUCAAAAUUAAAAUCCCAAACUUCUUGACCAGAACCUCUGAAGACUGGCUGAAGUCAAAUGGAUUGAAAGCCAAGAAGUUAACUCUUUUCCAGAUUUUGGCUCCUAAUGCAUUCUUUCCUGUAGAAGAAUUUGUGCCCAUUCUCCAAAAAACGGUACCAUCAACUCUCCAUGAGAAGGUGAUGAUGCAGUUCGAAUGGUAUGAUGGAACCGUAAAGAAUAUACCAGUAGACCUACCCCUUCUGUAUGACUAUCAGAAGCAGCUCAACAAUACCAUACAGAUAUAUGAGAGGCGGAUUGAGUGGCUUUCCAUCUCUAGCAGGAGAAUCUGGGGCACAGUCUGUGAAAAAAGGUAUUUUCUCCUCUGUGGUUCCCUGACUCUUUCAUUAUGUUUCUACUCUACAACACCUCGUGCAUGGGUAGUUAUACUGGUGGAUCUCUCAGUGACCAAUUCCAUGUACAUUAUUCAUAUCCAACAUUCCUUAAGACUUCUGCUUGAAGAACAAUUGUCAAACAAGGAUUGCUUCAAUAUCAUAGCGUUUGGAAGUAUUGUUGAAAGCUGGAGACCCGAAAUGGUUCCCUUAAGCCAAGAAAACUUGCAAAGUGCCUGGUGCUGGAUCCUGACCCUGAACUGCAAGGGCAGCAGAAAUGUCCUCGGUGCUAUGAGGAAGGCAAUAGAAGUAGAUUUCAAGGAGAAAGAAAAGUUUACUUCCCAAGGCAUCUACCUUUUCACUGGUGGAGUCUCUGACCAGGAAAUGCCUUUGGUUAGCACCUACAUCGCUGAGACCUGCAGGGGCUGUGAUCUGAGGAUUCAUGUCUGCCUGUUCCACAUCAAUGAGUUAGACAUGGAUGGAGCAGUUCCUGCUCGCUAUGCCAACAGUAUUGACACGGCUUCUGCUUACAAGGAUAUCACUCAUGCUGCUAAUGGGAGAUUCCACUGGUUUGGUGACACAGGCAUUUUCGAGAGUGAUGAUAUCAGUGCCAUCGCCUUGGAGAUGGAAAAGGCCAUCAACUACUCCCAAAAGUGUGCUUUGCUGGUAGCAGCCCUCAAAAGCCAGCCAGGAUCUUCCAAUGAAAACCCACCGAUUCCCAAAGAAGAGCUAAAGGUGGUGAAGGAAAAAAGCCAGCCUAAGCCUCAGCCUCGGAAACUUUACUGCCCUAAACCCAACACCCUCACGCUGGGCAAAAUGGGUAAUAAAAGUGAUCUUGACAGAGACAAGAUCAUCAACACAAAGAAUAUAACAUGGCACCCAAACACCACCAAACCAACCAUCCCAUCAGGCCAGCUAACAAAAGAUUGGAAUUCAAAUAAGGGAAAGAAGAAGAUCAAACCACCAAAGAAAGGGCCAGCCACAUCUUUUUCAUUAUUCGUUCUUGACCAAGGGAAAGAUGCAGAUGCAGCACACAAGAAAAAUCUACCAAUAAAGGUUGUGAAAAAACCUUUGUCUUCCACUGAGUUUCCCCAAAAUGAUGACAUUUCCUCAUCUGAAGAGUGGUUGGCAAGUUGCAGCUUGAGAAAACUAAAGCUAGAACUGCCCAGAUUCUUGUUUGGUCCAAACUCAAUUCAUCAGAAGAAAAUGGAAGAUGCCUUACAGAAGCAAAUUUCAUCCAAAACCACCAGCUUCUAUCCAAUGGCAGAAAUCAAGGGCAUGAUAAAGCACCUGCAGUGCCAGGAUAAGGACUUAGAGGAAUACAUAGAAGUGAUAGAGAAGACAACAAUGUGCUACAUCAGACGGAUUCAUUGGUUGCUGACAGGAAGUCGUCGACUAUUUGGCACCAUUUUGGAGAGCAAGGUCUGCAUCAUGAUAGACCUAUCAGAGUCCAUGGGGUCCCAUCUGCAGCAGGUGAAAAAAGAACUGAACUUGCUGAUUUGGGAACAGCUGAGAAAAUGUGACAGCUUUAACCUGCUCGGUUUUGCAGAAGACCUUUAUUCCUGGCAAGACAGACUGGUACACUCCACAGAUGAAGCAUGUCACAGGGCUGUGCAAUGGGUAACCAAACUGGAAACCCAUGGAACUACCUCCAUCUUGAGAGCUUUAUUGAAAGCUUUCACUUUUCAAGAUGUAAAGGGACUGUAUCUUCUGACUGAUGGAAGGUCAGACUCAAGCUGCAAUCUCAUUCUGAGUGAAGUUGAAAAACUCAGGAAGAAAAAAAAUAUCAAAGUACAUUCAAUUUCUUUUAACAACUCAUCUAAUAGAGAUAAAGAGACAAGGCUAGCAAUCGGACUUCUGAAAAAGAUAUCUAUUAAUACUGGGGGGCGCUACCAUCACUGCCAAAUGAAUUUUGAUGACUGUGCGGAGAUUCAUAGAUUGCUGACUGGUGAUAUAUCUGAAAAUAAUGAUACGUUUUUGCAGUUAUUUGAAGGAGAUGAUCUAAAGAAACUUGCUCAAGAGAUAUUCAAAGCCAAGCAUUUCCUAAGGCAGGCUCAGGAUUUCAGAGUAAUACUACAGAAGAAGAAGACUAUUCAAGAAAGAGACGUUCCUAUUUAG